AUGGCGUGGGACCAUCUCUCCAUCACCAAGCCGCAUCUGGUUUACCUGAUCCUUGGAGGCUUCACCAGUCUGUUCAUGCUGUGUUCUUCCGUGAUCAAAGAGCGUCUGUACAUUGGUGAAGCCACGGUCGCGACGAUCUGUGGUAUCAUAUUCGGCCCACACGCCGCCAACCUGAUAGACCCGUCGACUUGGGGCAAUGUCGACUUGAUCACUCUGGAGUUCUCGCGCAUCGUCCUUGUCGUGCAAUGUUUCGCCGUCGGUGUCGAGUUGCCUCGCGCGUACAUGGAGAAACAUUGGAAGUCUAUCGUAGCACUACUGCUCCCCGUCAUGACCUUUGGCUGGCUAGUGACUAGCCUAUUCAUCUGGGGCUUGUUCAACUCCCACCUCAACUGGCUUGACAGUCUAUGUAUUGCAGCUUGCGUUACCGCCACCGACCCUGUCUUGGCAUCGUCUGUCGUUGGUAAAGGCAAGUUCGCCAAGCGAGUACCCAAGCAUCUUCGAGACUUGCUGUCCUGUGAAUCUGGCUGCAACGAUGGCAUGGCUUUUCCCUUCGUGUACUUGGCCAUUUACUUGCUCCACUACCGGCCAGACGCUAACCAGGUAGCCUUUCACUGGUUCUGCUACACUAUUCUCUACGAGUGUGUCUUCGGUGCCUUCUACGGAGUCAUGGUCGGAUACAUUGCGCGUCGCGCGAUUCGAUGGGCCCACGAGAAGGACCUUAUCGAUCGAGAGAGUUUCCUCGUGUUCUACUUCGUCCUGGCCUUGUUUUGCGCUGGUUCCGGUGCCCUGCUUGGUAUGGACGAUCUGCUUGUGGGCUUCGCCUGCGGUGUAGGUUUCUCCAACGACGGAUGGUUCCUUGAGAAGACAGAAGAAUCUCACGUCUCCAACGUUAUUGAUCUGCUGAUCAACUUGGCCUUCUUCGUCUACUUCGGAUCCAUCAUUCCCUGGCAACUGUUUAACGAGCCAAGCAUCGGGCUUUCGCCAUGGCGUUUGGUGGUGCUUGGUAUACUGGUACUUUUCUUCCGCCGUAUACCAAUCAUGUUGGCACUCAAACCAGUCAUUCCCGAUAUCAAGACCUGGCGCGAAGCUUCUUUCGCUGGUCAUUUCGGACCCAUUGGUGUCGGCGGUCUGUUUGUCGCAAUCCUUGCAAGGGCCGAACUCGAGACCGAUACCACGAGCCCGCUGGCCGAGUUGCCAAAGCCAGGAGAGGAAGGAUCCGACCACUUAAACAUCAUUGAGAUGAUAUGGCCAAUCACAUGUUUCUUGGUCAUUGUCAGUAUCAUUGUCCACGGAAGUUCCAUCGCCGUUUUCACCCUUGGAAAGCGCAUCAACACUUUGACAAUUUCGAUGUCCUAUACUCAGGCCAACGAGAAUGGACCCGGCUGGAUGGACCGCCUUCCCCGUAUUCAAUCACGCUCCAGAUCCUCCAUGGCUCGCCGCCCCUCUGAAUCGUCAUUGGAUGAAAAGUCGGAACUCGCAGCGGUGGGUUUCGGUAACAGCUUCCUGCGCCGUCAAAAGGAAGAAGACAGCAAUUCUGUGAAGCCUACGAGCCGAGGAAGGCGUUGGGAUGCUGGUCGAGGUCCAGGUGGACCAAUUUCGCAGUCAGCUAUUGCCCCCAGUAAACGCGACGAAGAGAAGGCGGAAGCGAUACCCCCCGAGGAAGACACCGAUACCUUUGCUGACACGAUGGCUAUCUCUAGCGACAGUUCGUCAAGCGAGAAAGGAAAGAUGAAGAGGCGGAUACCAGAGGAGGAGAUCUACCAGGAGGGCCAUGAAACCGUCUUUGAAGACAAAGAAGGGAACGUUCUCGGCGUAAGAGACAGUCAUGGCGAGCACGGCAUGGAGAGACAAAGGCACGAUAGUGAGAGGGCACAAGAGCUCAUGCGUCAAAAGCAUGUUCAGGGUGGCGUGUCACAAGACGAGCACGGCGGUGCCCUUGAAGAAGCACCUAGCCGGAUUGAGAACGCCAUUGAACACCCUCACAAAACUUGGCGCAAUCGAAUGCAAAGCUACACAGGCCAUGGUCACAAGGACAAGGCUGCGGAACCUCCAAAGGCGGAGAAGUCGGCACAAAAGUCCGGAAAGCAUGGCCCCGCUCUUGCUUACCAAUAUGGUAAUACCAUUAUUGUCGAAGACGAGGAUGGUGAGGUCUUGAAGAAGUAUGACAUUCCAGCUGCCCCGAAGAAAGGAAAGGAUGGUCGUCCUGCAAACCCUCGCGGUCAGUCCAUGGUGGAAACGUCAAGCCGUGCUGUACAGAGUCUGAAGCGGAUGGGAACUCACAUGGGCGUGCCCGCGGGGCAACAAGCUGGAGCAUCCGGCACUCAAGCCGUAAAUAACAAAAAGAAGCAGAAGGCAGCGGAAUUGGCGGCGAAAGAGCAGGAAGAUGAUGACCUACUUCGCUUCACCGUGACAGCUGGUGGUCGUCGCAUGAGCAAGCUUGAGUUUAUUCAGCAAAUGUCGCAAAUGAACCCCAAAGACAGGGCGAAGUUUGUGCAAGCUAGCGAUGUUCCUGAAGCAGUCAAGGAUGCCGCCCAUCAGGACGCCAAAGAUCACACUGCAGAACAGCGCCGUCGGGCAGCUUCCGUGCAAGCCAACGUUCCCCCGGUUGUCGGUGAAGAGGGAGAGGCAGAACUUCACAAGAUCGAGUCGCCAGCAGCCAGGGAGGAGGGUCACGCACGUGGCCCCGAAGGGUUGACGCUGGUGGACAGUAACGACGAGCAUGUACCAUUCCACUCUGUACGCCAGGAUCUCGAGGACCGACCUAAUGAUCAGGGUGGCGAGACCGCGGCACAGCGCCGACGUCGCCUAGCUGCAGAGAAUAUUCCGGCUGAGACUUCAGGCGGUUCCGCUAUCCCACCAUCACAUGAGCCUGAAGAAGGGUUUGAAGGCGAAACAGCAGCGGAGCGAAGGCGUCGUCUGGGCGCUCUCGGUGUCGGCAAAGACGAUACUCCCGAGUCUGACUCCGAAGAUGAGGAGACUGGUGACCCAAUGGAGACUGGCCGUGGUACACACUCACGUGCCGCUGAGCCUAGCCAGAAGACACUGUCACCUACGCCUCGCACCCCCGGUAUUCGCUUCGCGGACCAGCCCAGAGUACCGACAAAGGACGAGCGUGCCGCCGAGGAUGCGCGCGUAAAGGAGGAAGACCAGAAGGAGAAGGACGGGAAGAAGAAGAGUGGGCUCAGCAAGCUCAUUGGACGAAAAUAG